AUGGGUCAACAAACUAAUGCUGGAGGUAUUGUAAGCCAAAGCUUUGAACUUGCUGAUCAACCAAAGUUUGGCAAUUGGUCCAUUCUUGUCACUGCUUUUGGUGCUGAGUAUACAAAAGAAUUCAUUGUUGAAGAAUUUUGGACUCCACGAUUUGAUGUUAAUGUUACCAUACCACCUUACAUAAUGGAUGACAGAGAGUAUGUAAAUGGUGUUGUGUUGUCAAACCAUACAAGUGGCAAAGCUACAAUUGGUUCUGCUGUGAUUACACUGACUGUAGUCCCUCCAAAUGCUAAGUACUUCUAUGACAAAUCAAAUCCUCAUUUGCCAGUACUAACCAAGGAUGUGGAAUAUUUUAAUGGAAGAAUCAAUUUUGAAUUUUCAAUGAGGGAAAUUCUCCAAAAUAUGCGGCAGCGAAUGUUUCCUGCAGUUUUAAAGAAUAGUGAGCUGAUCUUCAAUGUCACUGUAAAAGAUUGGUAUUUGGCUAUGACGAGGAAUGGAUCUGCUACAACAUUUUGUUACAGUUCCAAUGUUAUUGUGGAUUGGGUCGGCCCUUCUGUUCGAAGUUUCAAACCUGGAAGCACCAUGACUGCCACAGUAGCUGUCAUGAAACAAGAUGGUCGCAUGGCCCCAUAUGAAAACAAAUAUGUGAAGGUCAGCAUAGCGAGAAAAGAUUCUUCUGGAGGUUUUAGUUCAAAUAAUAAGGUUUUAGUGGAGAAACGACCCGUCAAUGGAUUUGCAACAUUUAAUUUUACAAUGGGUGAUGAAACUGAGACUGUCAUUUUGAAGGUAAGUAAACUAUUUACUUAUUCACCUUUCAUUCUUUUACUUUUUUGUUUCUUUUUCCUUUUUUGUUUGUUUGUUUUUCUCCUCCUUUCUCUUUCCUUUUCCUCCUCCUUUCUCUCUCCCUCCUCCUUUCUCUCCUCCCCCUCCUUUCUCUCUCCCUCCCUCCUUUCUCCUCUCUCCCUCCCUCCUUUCUCUCUCCCUCCUCCUUUCUCUCUCCCCUCCUCCUUUCUCUCUCUCCCUCCCUCCUUUCUCUCUCUCCUCCUCCUUUCUCUCUCUCUCCCCUCCUUUCUCCUUUCUCUUUCUCUCCCCUCCCUCCUUUCUCUCUCCCUCCCUCCUCUCCCCUCCCUCCUUUCUCUCUCUCCUCCCUCCCUCCUUUCUCUCUCCCCUCCCUCCUUUCUUCUCUCUCCCCUCCUCCCUCCUUUCUCUCUCUCUCCCUCCCUCCUUUCUCUCUCUCUCCCUCCCUCCUUUCUCUCUCUCUCCCCUCCUUUCUCUCUCUCUCUCCCUCCCUCCUUUCUCUCUCUCUCCCUCCCUCCUUUCUCUCUCUCUCCUCCCCUCCUUUCUCUCUCUCUCCUCCCUCCUUUCUCUCUCUCUCCCCUCCCUUCUCUCUUCUCUCUCUUUUCUCUCUCUUUCUUCUCUCUCUCUCUCUCUCUUUCUCUCUUUCUCUCUUUCUCUCUCUCUCUUUCUCUCUUCUCUCCCUGUUUUUUUUUCUCUUCUUUCCCUUUGUUAUGUCUUUCAUUCAAGGCUGAGUAUGGUGAUUCUCCUGUAGCCCAACUGGUAGCCAACAAAUAUUAUUCACCAAGCAAAAGUUUUGUAUCAGUGGCCACAUCCACAAAAUAUCCAAAAGUGAAUGAAUACAUGGUUUUUCAUGUGAAAACUUCUGUUUAUGUUCCAAAAAUAUUCUAUCAGGUGAUAGCAAAAGGCAACAUCAUCAUUGGUGAUGAGCUUGAAAUGGGUGCAAGUCGGCAGAAGACAUUUUCUGUGGCAUUGGCUCGCAGCAUGGUACCCACUGCCCAUAUUGCUGUCUACUACAUUCGUACAGCAGAUCAAGAAGUUGUCAUUGAUGUCCUUAGUUUCUUUAUUAAUGGAACCUCGACAAAUGAAGUGAAAAUCUUUUUUAAUCGAGGAAAGGAUUUCACGCAAGACACUGUGGAGGUUAACGCUUAUGCUGACCCUGGAUCUUAUGUGGCCCUGACGGCUGUUCCUUAUGAUUUGUACAUUCGUGGAAUGAGUUCUGGACUUAGCCAAAAUAUAUUAAUAGAUGAACUCUACACCUACAAUGCUCCUGCUAACACCAGCUAUCGACAUUUGUGGCGAAUCAGUGAAGCUGAAUAUGAAUACAAGUUUUUCUCUGCUAAUGGAUAUGGCAUGGAUGCUAAAUCUACAUUCUUUAGUGCAGGUCUCCUUGUAUUGACGGAUGCAAAUAUUACUCGUUUACUUCCUCCUCUGUGUUCAGACCCUAAUAUGAAAAACCCUUGUUUCAAAAGUGGUUGUUAUUCAGAUCAACAACGUUGCAAUGGUGUUUUCGAUUGUAUAGAUGGAGCUGAUGAAUAUGGAUGUCCAAAAAGGCAUGAAAUCAAGUUAAUUACCAACAUUCAUCGUGUCAGUCGGGUUCAGCGAUUUUACGAUGACAGUUCAUGGCUCUGGCAAGAAUAUUUUGUUAAAGCUGAUGGACGAAUUGACUUCAGUGUGAAAACGCCCAAAUAUCCUCUUACUUGGGUGGUCCAUGGUAUUUCUCUCAGCCGGGAACUCGGUUUGGGAAUUACACCUUUCCCAGUCAUGUAUGAUGCAGCACGUUUCAUGUACAUUCAAGUAGAAGCACCCACGUUUAUUGUCAGAGGAGAACAGGUUGGUUUUAGGGUGACAGUCUUCAGUUACUGGUACAUUGAUGACUUCAUUGAGGUCUUAGUGACUGCUCAUGCAUCUCCAUAUCAUAAGUUUGUUUUAGUUGGCGAUUUGGGAAUUGUUCAGUCAUAUAAUCCAGAAUUGGCAGAUGGUGAUAUGCAAACGCUUCUCUUUUUGGAACCAGGAGAGUCUCAAGAUAUCUACAUGCCAGUUAUUCCCACAAUUCAAACUGGUUGCUUUGAUGUAAAAAUUAGUGCAACCUGUUUUAUGGAGAGAGAUUAUCACAUUCAUCAUCUGUGUGUCAAGUCUGAUGGUGUGAGUAACUAUUAUCACAUUCCCUACAUGAUUGAUUUGAUCACACAAGCGUCUGUGAUUGUACCAGACUUUGAUAUUCCAAUUAAGCAACAAUUCAUUCAGCCAGAACAGAGAGAACAUGAUUAUGUCCCAGGUUCUGGAAAAGCAGUCACCAGUCUUUUUGGUGAUGUGGUUACUCCUGGAUUUUUUGAUGAGUAUCUCAAUGCCGAGAAUAUACUGUACAAGCCAUAUGGUGCUGGAGAGAACAUGGUCUUUAAUUUUGCUUACAACUUGAUGACCCUAAAAUUCAAGAAGGCCAGCAAGCAACUGAGUGAUGAAACUCUACAGAUUUCACUCAGAUAUCUAAACAUUGCUCUUCAAAGAAUUAUGAGUUAUAUGAACAAAGAUGGUUCAUUCAGCAUGUUCCGAGAUCAUUCCAGGCCCAGUAUUUGGUUGACUUCGUUUGUUGCCAAAACACUGUACACUGCCAGAACUUAUGGAGAAUGGGAACGUGAUUUUUUUGUUCCUCUUGAAAUGAUUAAUGAAAUGGUUGUGUGGAUUUGCAACCAGCAAGAUAGUAUCAGUGGUGCCUUUCAUAGUAAUGGAAGUGCUUAUGACAGAAAAAUGACAUCAAUAAACAAUUGGCAGGACCCCAAUAUGCCAACAGAUCCUGUCAUUCUUACUUCCUAUGUUCUCAUCACUUUGUAUUCGAUUACAGAUGUCUCAAAUGAUGCGUCCCGCCUUAUUAAAGUUGCCAGGCAGCGUGCUGCAAGUUAUUUAUCACGACAAUCCGGAAACAUUCAAGAUGAUGAUGUUUUCAAAAUGGCCAUCACUGCAUAUGCUCUGUCUCUAUCAAGUGAGAAAAGUGUUCAAAUUUUUGAUCGUCUCUGGAAAUUGGUUAAAGGGGGUGAUUUUUCUCACUUUCUUUCUUUCUCUCUCUCUCACUCUAUUCGUCUCUCACUCUAUUCGUCUCUCACUCUAUUCGUCUCUCACUCUAUUCGUCUCUCACUCUAUUCGUCUCUCACUCUAUUCGUCUCUCUCUCACUCACUCUAUUCGUCUCUCUCUCACUCACUCUAUUCGUCUCUCUCUCUCUCUCUCUAUUCGUCUCUCUCUCUCUCUCUCUAUUCGUCUGUCUCUCUCUCUCUCUCUCUAUUCGUCUGUCUCUCUCUCUCUCUCUCUAUUCGUCUGUCUCUCUCUCUCACUCUAUUCGUCUGUCUCUCUCUCUCACUCUAUUCGUCUGUCUCUCUCUCUCACUCUAUUCGUCUGUCUCUCUCUCUCUCUCUCUAUUCGUCUGUCUUUCUCUCUCUCUCUCUCUAUUCGUCUGUCUCUCUCUCUCUCUCUCUAUUCUGUCUGUCUUUCUCUCUCUCUCUAUUCGUCUGUCUGUCUCUCUCUCUCUCUCUCUCUCUCUCUCUCUAUUCGUCUGUCUGUCUCUCUCUCUCUAUUCGUCUGUCUGUCUCUCUCUCUCUAUUCGUCUGUCUGUCUCUCUCUCUCACUCUAUUCGUCUGUCUCUCUCUCUCUCUCACUCUAUUCGUCUGUCUCUCUCUCUCUCUCACUAUUCGUCUGUCUCUCUCUCUCUCACUCUAUUCGUCUGUCUCUCUCUCUCUCACUCUAUUCGUCUGUCUCUCUCUCUCUCUCUCUAUUCGUCUGUCUCUCUCUCUCUCUCUCUCUAUUCGUCUGUCUCUCUCUCUCUCUCUCACUCUAUUCGUCUGUCUCUCUCUCUCUCUCUCUCACUCUAUUCGUCUGUCUCUCUCUCUCUCUCUCACUCUAUUCGUCUGUCUCUCUCUCUCUCUCUCACUCUAUUCGUCUCCGAGCAGAAGUAUUUUUCUUAUGGUGUGAUUCCACCGAAUCCUUCUGAAAUUUUGGACAACAUCCGUUACCUUAAACCUCGUAUUGAACAAAGAAAUGAUGCGUAUGGUGUGCAAUCGACGGCCUAUGCACUUAUGGCUCACAUCAAACAUAACAGAUUCAAGUAUGAACGAGAUUCUCUCAUGAAAUGGCUCAAUUCAAUGAGGAAUUCAAUAGGUGGAAUGGCUUCUACUCAGGAUACAAUUGUCGCCAUGGAAGCCCUGUAUGAAUAUACCCAAGUUGACCCAAACAGAAACAUAUUCAACAUGCUUGUAAAGGUUUGGUCAACUGCUAAUGAUGACUAUAGGAUUGAUAUGCAACUGACAAAAUCCAAUUAUACAAACCUCAGCACCUUUUCUGUUCAUCCGAAUGUUUGGGGUUACAUCCGUGCCCAGGUAUUUGGUACUGGACGAGCCAUGCUACAGCUGACGACAACAGUGAAUGUUGAAUAUCCACAUCAGCUAAAAGUCAGUGGAGCUCCGAAAUCAUUUGACCUGAAUGUAGACAGUUUGAGAUUCUCUGGUAGAAAUGACUCUAUCAUGGAAAUGAGGCUGUGCACAAGUUGGAUCAAUACUGACCUGUCCAGAGUGUCUGGCAUGGCUGUCCUGGAAGUUGACAUACCAACUGGUUAUGUGACUAUGAACUCUACCCUAAGAGAUUAUGUCCAGAGUGGGAUUGUUCCUAACUUAAAAAGGGCUGAAAGUUAUGGACGUAAAAUUGUUUUCUAUUUUGACCGGCUUGAUGAAAGUAAAACUUGUGUAUUCUUCCAAUCCAAUCGAUGGUAUCCCGUUGCCAACAGCACCAUUCAUCAUAGAAUACGGGUUUAUGAUUAUUACGAACCAGGUUUGUUUGUCACGCAAUUAUACAACACCCACAACUUGUUUCAGUUGAAUAUCUGCUUUGUGUGUGGAUCAUUCCAAUGUCCCUACUGUCCACAGUUCAACAUGGCCACGGUCAUCAAAUCAACUAUUACACUGCUCUGUAUUGUCCUUGGCACUUUACUUCAGCGCUACAUUCUACGUAAUUCCUGA